AUGUUUUACACAGUGAAAGCUCAACAGUACUGUCACCCGUACGAGCCUUUCAAAUGCCCGGUGGACGGCAACUGUAUCUCGAUCCAGUACCUCUGCGACGGUGCCCCGGACUGCAUCGAUGGCUACGACGAAGAUUCCAAGCUGUGCACUGCUGCAAAGAGGCCACCUGUUGAAGAAACGGCAUCAUUUCUUCAAUCGUUACUGGCAUCCCACGGGCCCAACUACCUAGAGAAAUUGUUCGGAAGUAAGGCUAGAGACGCCUUGGAACCACUUGGCGGUGUCGAGAAGGUCGCCAUUGCUCUCUCCGAAUCGCAAACUAUCGAGGACUUUGGAGCUGCGUUACACCUAAUGAGGUCAGAUCUGGAACACCUGCGCUCUGUAUUCAUGGCUGUGGAGAACGGCGACCUUGGCAUGCUUAAAUCCCUCGGCAUCAAGGACUCGGAGCUUGGCGAUGUCAAGUUCUUCUUGGAAAAGCUAGUCAACACAGGAUUCCUGGACUGA